AGGCUCAAUGGAGAACCGGAGCUCAUCAAGUCAAUCAUCUCGGUGAAGAACUUACCAAUCCGAACGUGACGCCUGAAGUCAAAGCAGCGGUCUGGAAGCAUGCCGAGGAGAUGACUGGACCAAAAUAG